AUUCACAUAAGAUGAAAGGGAAGAACAAGUGGAUAGGGAAGAACUGCAUCUGAUCAUAUAGUAGCGGUCAUAAAAUCCGACUCUUAGCUCUCUCUCCGGCAGUUUCUUCUUCUUCUUCUCUCUCCUCUGCUUCCAGUUUUUCCCAGAAGAUAUGGCGUCUCUGCAAAGCUUACCUUCAUCUUACCAGAAUUGGUUGCUGAAGCCAUCUACCAUGCUGGGUUGUGAUACUCAUGGUCCUUGUAAAAGAAGCACAUCCUUAACUGUCAGGGCAGAACAAGCAUCAAAAAGUUCAAGCUUACCUUCUCAAGACAGACAUGGAAGGCGACUGCUGCUUGCUGCUGGUUUGGCUAUUGCUCCUUGGAUUUCUCCAUCAAACUACAUUGUGAAAUCGUUUGCUGCAGAAAAUAAAAAGGGUUUCUUGCCCUUGUCAGACCAAAAAGACGGCUACGAGUUUCUUUACCCGUUUGGCUGGCAGGAAGUAGUCAUUGAGGGUCAGGACAAGGUAUUUAAAGAUGUGAUUGAACCAUUGGAAAGUGUUAGUGUAAAUCUGAUACCGACAAACAAACAGGACAUUCGGGACCUCGGUACCCCAGAACAAGUGGCUGAAGCUUUGAUCAAGAACGUCUUGGCUCCGCCAACACAGAAGACAAAGCUGCUUGAUGCCAAAGAGCAUGAUGUGGAUGGAAAGAUUUAUUACACAUUUGAGUUCAUUGCCAAGGCUCCUAAUUACACCCGCCAUUCUCUCAGCUCAAUCUGCAUCAACAAAGGUAUAUUCUAUACAUUGACAACAGGAGCAAACGAGAGGAGAUGGGGAAAGAUGAAGGAUAAACUGAACACAGUUGUCGAUUCCUUUAAAAUCGUUUAGUUUGGCAGGACCCAUUGCAUUCAUAUACUCAAUCUGCAUUUUGUAUGUAUGACAAGAGAGCAAGUUUUGAUGUGAGAAAGUAAUGCAUGCUUAUACACAAAUUGUGUAAAUGUUUCCUGUGUUUGUAAACUGUCUAACUUGUUACUCUAUUCUAAUUUUUCUCUAUAUGACUAUUUAAAAUAAAUAAUCUAUUUAUUGUAAA